AUGGGUGACUUCCAGCUCAACCAUCAAGGAACAUCCGAAAGGCUAACCUACGACGAGACCUCCGAGUGGGCUUCACCUUUCAGCCCCGGCGGGACCGACGCGGAACGCAUGCAAGAUUCAGUUAGUGAAGAUCUACAGCCCAAGCCAUCAAGUGGCAGCGUCAAAUCCAGGGUCAACGAGACAGGCUCGUUCGUUGAAGACACCAUCAACGCCAUCAAGAGACAGCGCAAUACUAUUGCUGCUCAGCGAUAUCGGCAGAAGGGCCGCAACCGUAUCGCGGAAUUGGAGUCAGCCUUGAAGGCUGUAGAAGAAGAGCGAGAUCAGCUUAAACUGCAACUCGCAAGGAAAGAGGCCGAGGUCGACGCUCUGAGGGAAAUCAUGAGGAAAUAG